CCUCUAAGUUCAUUAAUCAUUAUAUCACCACCAAAUAGCUUUCACUGUCUCUUUUUAAUCUCUUUUUGGCCAUUGCAGCAUCAAACAGAAAGUUGCAAUGGACGGUUCUAUCUCUCCAAAACAAAAUGAAACCCAGGCAUCCAAAAGAAUGUUUCUGUUUUAUAUAAAUACUGAAUUGGUUCAUAGCAGGCAGCAUGCAUUUAACUUUGGUCAUGUUUUUAUUACCAGGAAAGUGGUUGAAAGGACUGUUGUGACUGUAAAGAUAGGAGAAAAUGGUGGAAAGUUAAAGAAUGACGGACCACCUUAUGAUUCAUGGUCAUGGAGGAAAUAUGGUCAAAAGCCUAUCAAAGGGUCUCCUUAUCCAAGGGGGUAUUACAAGUGCAGCACAUCGAAAGGUUGUUUAGCUAAAAAGCAAGUAGAAAGAUGCAAAACAGAUGCUUCAAUGCUCAUCAUUACUUACACCUCUAGUCAUAACCAUCCAAGCCCUCAUCUGCACAACACCAAAACCUUAUCACAGUCACCAACUAAAGAACCCCAAAGUAGUGAUGAUGAUGAUGAUGGUGAUAAUGAUGAUCAGGCCCCAACCACUAAGCAAGAACACCUACCUGAUAAAGAUGAAGAAUAUUUUCAUUACCUACAAUCCCCAUUAAGCUUUCCCCAAAACAAAGAAGAAGAUCCUUUCAGUGGGAAUCUAGAGAGAAGCACAGUGGGGUUAUUGUUGGAUAAAGAGCCAGUCUCUUGUUGUUCUCAUAUGAAAGUAGCAGCAGCAUCUCCCAUACCAAAAUCAGAAGAAAAUGAUUUCUUCGAUGAGCUUGAAGAACUACCCAUAUGUUCAGCUUUCACAUGGUUCAUGAGAAGCAAGUUUUUCGAUGAAGGUAUUCAUGUUGUCCCUCCUUGA